GAUCUAGAUAUUCCGUUGAACUAGAAAGUACCAAACAGCUAGGUGGCUCCGCCAAGCAUACUUAUCGCUCUGCACAUUCGAUGGUGUGUCCGUGGUCUUGGAUGAAACGAUGUGGCUAUAUGCACGUGCAUCCUGGCGCUUGUUGGUGGUGCCGAGUGUCUGCAUAAACACAUUGAAGUAUAUACCGUGGGAAGCCUCAUGUGUGCUUGUCUUUUUUAUCCACAGGCACACUAUCUUGACGAAACCCUAGUGCCACCUCAUUGCUGGAAGUCAGCAUGGCGAUUCCAUUGUCCAUAUCACUGUUUCCCAUUCUGGCUGUUUUCCUCCUUCCUUGGGAUAGAUCUCUUGCCAUAGCUACCUCAAUAAAUGCUUGCAAUUUGCAAGCAAGCCAGCAACACGAUGCGACAUCGAGACGAGUGACCACCUGGAUCGAUCAGCCAAACUAUCGCGGAACCCUCGAUAUUAUCUGGACUUCCCUUCUGACGAUCGGAAUAAGCACUUAUACAAUGUUGUGCCUGAACCUUCCUGCGCCAAAUGAUACGUACUUAAAGUUAAUCGGUCGCCGGAUGUUGUGGAUGUUGCUAGGAAUUAUGGGUCCCGAAUUUGUCCUUACUUACGCCGCCGGUCAAUGGAGUAGAGCGAAAUGGUCAGUCAAAGCAUUCCAAGGCUCAGGACACGGCGAUUGGCAUAUGAGGCAGGCGUUUUUCGCUGAUAUGGGCGGCUUUGUGUUUUAUGCAAAGGAUGCCAAACCAUUUCCGUUGAAUGCCACGCAGUUGCAUUGGCUAGUCCAACACAAGUAUGUCGACUAUCCAAGGACAACCAAGCGCGAGAUCUGGGACAGAUCAAAGCAGGAUACUUUCACCAAGAUCAUCACGGCAUUCCAGGUCAGCUACCUCAUCAUCCAAUGCGCUGCACGUGCAGCACAAAAGCUCACAAUCACAACACUCGAGUUAAAUGCCCUUGCCAUCGUAGUCUGCUCCUUAAUGACCUCGUACGCCUGGCUGCAUAAGCCUGCAGAUGUACACAGCCCAAUUCAAAUCCACUCAUCGAGCACACUGGAGGAAAUAAUUGGAAACAGAGAUUGGGAUUUGACACCAUUGGAUCACGUCGACGAAAAUGGCCCUGCGUAUUCGGUGAACGUGCAACCUUUCAUGAACAUGCCAGUCAUACCUCCCGAGCGCCCGAUACAACGAAUUCCAAACGAUCGCUUCCCUACAAAUCCAUACGGCAUCCAGGAAUAUCUCCUUUGUUUCGCCACUUUGCUGUUUACUGCCAUACACGUUGCAGGUUGGAACUUCGACUUUCCAACGAAUCUCGAACGAAUCUUGUGGCGAAUAUCAUCGCUGCUUUUGUUUGGUAUCACAGUCGCUUUCUGGAUAUUCGAGACCAUCGCAUCGUGGACUCGGCUUGGUCGCUGGCGAACCAUCUGGCUACACCUCUUCAACCGAGCUGGUCUCGAGAAACACCGUCGUCACAUGCAAAGAAAAGCAACAUUGACAGUGAAGCGUAAAAACACUGAGUUGCCUCUGCCAUGGGAAUGGCAAUUACUCCACUUGCCAUUAUCUAUGGCAUCGCGCGAGUGUAUUUGAUUGGUGAGGCAUUUGCAGAACUGAGAAACAUCAGUGCAACAGCCUAUGUGAACGUCGAAUGGACAAACUUCAUUCCUCAUGUGUAGUAAUACCUAGUCAUUACCAGCGUCAAAUAGGAGGAUAGGAUGUGAUCGGUGGCUAAAGCCUCAAUAAGUCACAGCACUAGAUCGCAUGGCACAUCAAAUUCGAC